UCGUCACGCGCGCGCCACACAGAGACAGAGCUGCUCCUGAUCCUAGCUCCUGACGCAGAGCAAGGCGAGAGGCCUGCCUGCCUUGAGGCUCCCGUGUCUGUCGUUGGCCAUUCUUGUCGUCGUCGUCUUGGGCUGUGUGUGGUUAAGACCUCUAAACGUAAACGCAUCUUCCACAAAAGUCUGGUGGAGAGCUAAAGGAAUUAAAAGCAAAGAAAAGGCGGCUGCUGAGUGGAGUGGAACGUUUGUUGAGUUUUUGUGUUAAAACUGAAACUGUUGCCGAGAGUUUAUGUGCCACUGCGGAGCUAAUAUAAACAAAACCAAAACCGCUUAACAGAGGGGCCACAACUCUCUUCGCACGCUAAUUGAGAUUGCAGCGCCUACUGACCUUCCACCUGCGUGCGUGCGUGCGUUUGGUCGUGUGUAUCGUGUGUUGUUAAGUGUUACCCCCGUUCCCAACGCCUACUACCAGCGGUGGUCGAGUGAUUGUUGACGCGUCGUCGAGUUUCGUGUGCGGAAUCCCCUGUGGUGACUUGGAUCUGGUGGUACUACUGGAUUGGUUGAGUGAUGAUUUGAUAAAAAACACUUCCCUCGUGUCCUCGUGCGGUGCGGUGCGGUGCGUGUUGGUGUGUCCAGUGUGGGAGUGUUGGGUGUUGUUGGGUUGUUGCCGUGUGGUUCAGCGUGUAAAGUCCGUGUCCGUGCGGUUGUAUGAGUGGCGGUGAACGGUGAAUUCCGAAGCCCUACGCUCACCACGUGCGCCACGAGGUGAAGCAGAAGCAGAAGAAGCAGGAAGCUCAAGAAGCUGAAGCAGCAGCAGCAAGCAGUCUGGUCGGGUAAAACUCGUGAAAUUGGAAAUUUGCGUGUCUUGCGAGUGAAGAAGCGUAGUUCCGACCGGUCGGACGUCGUUCCGUGUGUUCCGCGUUCGCGUGUGUGCGUCCGCGAAGGAUAACAAGGGCGAACCAGAGGCUCGGUCUCGCCGGUGCGGCGGGCGGACUCUAGGAGUCUCGUAGUCGGAUCGAAUCGAAUCGCUCGCUCGCUCGCCCCCGGGUACCCUCCCCGGGGACAGGUACACGGUGUACGGUAUGGGUGACUUCCUGUACUCCAGCUCGGUCCUGGCGAACGAAUCGUGCGGCGUGACCAACCCGUCGUCGCUGCUCGAUACGCUCAGCAUCAACAAUCUGCUGAACAUGAAGCAUCUGACCUCGGCCACGGUUAGUGGUCCGGAGAUGGCGUCAUCCGGUGGUGCGUCCACCUCCGUCGACGGUGGCCUCGGUACGAUCGGUGACUCCUCGUCCGGCUCUUCCUCUUCCUCGGCGCUCGGUAGCAAGAACAACAACGGUGUCCUGUCUUCGCUCGGUGGCACUGGUGGGGGCCCCAACGGUGGUCCCGGUGUUGGUGUCGAAGAUGGCGGUCUACUGAUGACGUCCAGUGUGGUCUCUUCUAGCUGCGGUGCUGGUGGUGGUGGUGGUGGUGGAAUGGGCUCAGUUUCGGGCAUCAUUACGACGGCCAUUUCCUCCGAUGGUGGCGCUGGUGGUGCAGGUUGCUGUCUAUCCGGUGCAUCCGGAUCGACAGUUCGUGAGCUUUCGCUUGCACUCGGCACCACGGGUGGGGACGGUGAUGGUACGGUGAUCACUUCAUCGCUGCUGAACGGGGGCAGCAUCUCAUCGCCCUCGAUCGUUGCCAACAACAACAGCAGCAGCAGUGGCGGUGGUGUCAGCAGCAGCAGCAACAGCAACAACCACAGCGCAAAUGGCGGCAAUGGAGGAAACGGUAACGGUAAUGGCGUCGGUUCCGGUGGCAAUUCCAACAAUGCGAACAACAACUUACUGCUAGAGGCUGCCGUGGCGGCCGGAGCGGCGGCCGAUCAGCUGCAGCUGCAAUCGGUUGCCGAAGAGCUCAGCUUGAAGGCGUCCGAUUUGAGCUGCCUGAGUUCGGUCACUUCGAAUCUGAUGAAUGGAUGUCUUGCACCGAGUGGACUGGGCUUUGGGACGGCCGGAGAUCACUCCAGCCCGUGGUCUACGGGACCGGAUGAGACCGGUGGACCGGGUGGUACUGGUGGCCAUCUCUCGAUGAACGGUCUCGGUGGAUUUGGACAGAACUUUUCAAGCAAUCUAUACAACGGUGCGGUAGUGGCGGCUGCCGCUGUGGCUGCUCAACAACAGCAGCAGCAACAGCAGCAACAACAGCAACAGCAACAUCAGCAACAACGUCGUGCCAUCACAGCGUCCCAUGGUGGUUUCCCCAGCCAUCAUCAUGGCAUCUCACCGAACAGUCUCUCCGCGGUCCACGGAAAUGCGAUGCUCCAGCAACAACAACAGCAACAGCAGCAACAGCAACAACAACAAAACCAGUAUAAGAACUCGUAUCCAUCUUGGUCGAAUCCGGGACCUUGGUCACAGCAACAAUCCACUCAACAACAGCAGCAGCAACAACAGCACCACCACCAUCAGCAGCAGCAACAGCAGCAGCAGGUGCAUCAGCAACAGAGUGCACUGUCAUCCUG